CAACUGUGUUGCCAAAGCCCAUACAAACUAUUAAUAAAGGUGUCUAUUGAUAACAAAUUAAAAUACUUAACUAUUUAUUGUUGUAUUGGUUCUCAGCAAGCGGGUUCGAUCCAAUUAUUCGCUGAUUAUGAUAAAAGUAUUGGUAACUACUUUGUGGAUGCUGAUGGCAAUGAAUUUUUGGAUGCAUUCACCCAAAUCUCAUCAAUUCCUAUUGGAUAUAACCACCCUGAAUUACUUACUGCAUUCAACGAUGAACACAAUCUGAAAGCUUUAGUAAAUCGACCAGCAUUAGGAGUAUUCCCUUCAAAGGAUUGGCCCGAGAAAGUAAAAAGUGUAUUGUUAUCAGUUGCACCUCAGGGCCUGAAUAAUAUUUCGACAAUGAUGUGUGGCUCUUGCUCCAAUGAAAAUGCGUAUAAAGCAGUAUUUAUGUGGUACCGUACCAAGGAGCGUAAUGGAAAAAUUGAUUUUACACCUGAGGAAAUGGAAUCUUGUAUGUUGAAUCAAGCGCCUGGAGCACCAAAACUCUCAAUAAUGUCUUUUAAGGGCAGUUUCCACGGACGCACUUUUGGUGCUUUGUCUACGACCAGGUCUAAACCGAUCCACAAAUUGGACUGCCCAGCUUUUGAUUGGCCUGUGGCUCCAUUCCCGAGAUACAAAUAUCCUUUAUCAGAGUUUGAAUCGGAGAAUCGACAAGAAGAUGAGAAAUGUCUAGAGCAAGUGGCUGAUGUCAUUCACACUUACAAGAAAAAAGCCAAUCCCGUGGCUGGGAUAAUAGUCGAGCCCAUACAAUCAGAGGGCGGGGAUUACGAGGCUUCUCCUAAGUUCUUUCAAAAUCUUCAAAAAAUAUGCAAAGAGAAUGGCGUUGCCUUGAUUGUCGAUGAAGUACAGACAGGAUGCGGACCUACCGGCAAGAUGUGGUGUCACGAACAUUUCGAUCUGCCCUCUCCUCCAGACGUUGUUACGUUCAGCAAGAAAAUGCUGACAGGUGGAUUCUUCUUUAAUUCUGACUUCAGGGCUCCACAGGCGUACCGUAUAUUCAACACAUGGAUGGGAGACCCAGGAAAAUUAAUUCUUUUGGAGCGAGUUUUGAACGUCAUCAAAAAAGAAAACCUUUUGAAUUUGGUCUCAGAAACUGGGAAUGUUCUUAAAGGUGGCCUUCACGAUCUUGAAAAAGAAUUCCCUAAUCUGAUGAACAGCGUGCGCGGUCGCGGAACAUUCUUGGCUUUCAAUUCAUGCAGUACUGAGAUGCGAGAUAAGAUUAAUAAUAAUCUAAAGACAAAUGGUAAGUUCUGUUGUUAUUGCCAUUAUAACCUAAGAUAACAGCUAAAGUAUGUU